CGGGCGUCCCCGGCGCGCGGCCCCCUCGGGCACCAUGGGCCCCCUGCUCCGCCGCCUGCUGCUCGCCGCGCUCCUGCAGCUGGUCCCUGCCCAGGCCCCUGCCUCCCAGCCUGAUGCCCCUAGCCACCAGAAGAAAGUGGUGUCAUGGAUGGAUGUAUAUGCCCGUGCCACCUGCCAGCCUCGGGAGGUGGUAGUGCCCCUGACGGUGGAGCUCAUGGGCACUGUGGCCAAGCAACUGGUGCCCAGCUGCGUGACUGUGCAUCGCUGUGGCGGCUGCUGUCCUGACGAUGGCCUGGAGUGCGUGCCCACUGGGCAACACCAAGUCCGGAUGCAGAUCCUCAUGAUCCGGUACCCUAGCAGUCAGCUGGGGGAGAUGUCGCUGGAAGAGCACAGCCAGUGUGAAUGCAGACCAAAAAAAAGAGAGACUGCUGGGAAGCCAGACAGGGAUUCCACUCCCCACCACCGCCCCCAGCCCCGCUCUGUUCCCGGCUGGGACUCUGUCCCCGGAGCACCCUCCCCAGCUGACAUCACCCAUCCCACUCCAGCCCCAGGCCCCUCUGCCCACGCUGCGCCCAGCGCCGUCAGCACCCUGACCCCUGGACCUGCCGCUGCCGCUGCCAACGCCGCAGCUUCCUCCGUUGCCAAGGGCGGGGCUUAGAGCACAACCCAGACACCUGCAGGUGCCGGAAGCUGCGAGGGUGACACAUUGCUUUUCAGACUCAGCAGGGCCACUUGCCUCACAGGCCACACCUCAAAGGGGGACAAGAUGGGAGCCUGGUGAGGACAGCCCAUCCCUCAAGACCUCAGCCGGGGUGGACACUGCUCCAGGACCUGGGCCUCUCAGGGGGUUCUCCUGCCAUCCCUUGUGCCCCCAAGGCCACCAUCCAAUUGGGUGGGCACUGUCGCACAAGGAGACUUGGAGGCAUCCAGAGGGUCAUGUACCAGUUUGGGGAAGAAUGGGGUCCCUUCUCACUUUUUAACCACCUUGUGCAAGUGAGCAUCUCACCACCAGCUCCCCCUUCCCCACUAAGACGACCCCAAUUCCCUGCAGAGAAUGGAAUUUGGGCUUUGGUACAAGAACUCUGACCCCCAACCCUGAUAAAAGAGAUGGAAGG